UGCGGACAAUAAUAAUGGAAGAGAGGAGACAAUAAGCUUGCUUAGUGUUGGUGAGGUGUCGUAGUCCGUCCCGUCUGUAAGGAGAAGAGGCUCGUCAGCAAAGAUGGAGAAGGAACGCGGUCACAUGACUGAGACGAUAUUAAACCUCACCAUGGAGAUCAUCUACCUGCUGACCGGAGAGAACUAUAUUGCUUUCAAGAUGACUGAUGGCUUGGUUACACCUAAGUUGAGGAAGGCCUUGCAGCCUGUUCUGGAGCCUCCAUCCCAAGCCCUGCAACCAGAGAGUGACAACGAUAAGAAAAUUCAAGAGGUGACCAGCAAGAUCAUCGAGCUGCUGACAGGAGAGGUUCCUAUAAGGUGUCAGGAUGUCUCUGUCUAUUUAUCAAAAGAAGAAAGAGGGUGUCUAGAAGAAUACAAGGACAUGUACAAGGAUGUCGUGAUGGAAAACCAACCACCUCUCACAUCACCGGAGAGCAGAGGCUCCGCUGGCUCCAUGCUGCUGGCUCUGAUGUUGGAGCUGGAACCAUGGAGGAACCCUCUGACAGGAGAUCUAUUCACCCAUUCUUCAAUGCUCACAGUCUAA